AACCGGUUCCAGGUGACCCACACAGUUGCCCUCGGCACAAUUGGGGAGUCCAAUUACCACUUUGGGGUCACGUAUGUGGGGACGAAGCAGCUGAGUCCCACAGAGGCCUUCCCCGUGCUGGUGGGCGACAUGGACAACAGUGGCAGCCUCAAUGCACAGAUCAUCCAUCAGCUGAGCCCAGGCCUCAGGUCCAAGAUGGCCAUCCAGACCCAGCAGUCAAAGUUCGUGAACUGGCAGGUGGAUGGGGAGUGCUGGGGCUGCGACUUCACAGCUGCUGUCACCCUAGGCAACCCAGAUGUCUUGGUGGGUUCAGGGAUCCUCUGGGCCCACUAUCUCCAGAGCAUCACGCCAUGUCUGGCCCUGGGAGGAGAGCUCGUUUACCACCGGCGGCCUGGAGAAGAGGGCACUGUCAUGUCUCUAGCUGGGAAAUACACGUUGAACAACUGGUUGGCCACAGUGACGCUGGGCCAGGCGGGCAUGCACGCAACGUACUACCACAAAGCCAGUGACCAGCUGCAGGUGGGCGGCGAGUGCGAGGCCAGCACCAGGAUGCAGGACACCAGUGCCUCCUUCGGGUACCAGCUGGACCUGCCCAAGGCUAACUUCCUCUUCAAAGGCUCUGUGAGCAGUAACUGGAUCGUGGGCGCCACGCUGGAGAAGAAGCUGCCUCCCCUUCCCCUGACACUGUCCCUGUGCGCCUUCCUGAACCACCGCAAGAAUAAGUUCCUGUGCGGCUUUGGCCUCACCAUCGGCUGAGCCCUGUCGCCCUUCCUCUGCAGACCACCGCUGGGCCGCCGCCCUCCCCUCCUCUCCCUCCCUCCUGGGGCCAGGGCAGCGGGAAGGAGGGGACCCACCUCAUGCUCGAGGAUCCCCAGCGCCAGGGGACAGUGUCCGGGGGCCUGGGGUCCCGGAGGGAGUUCUGGAAUUUGAAGGGCACUCGGUUAUGAGCGCCCUGGUAGAGGUGGCUGGACAGGCUCAGGGAGGCCGCCCGUCACUUUCCCCUCCACCCCUCCAUAGAAAUCAUGUUUAUAAGUUAUGGAAGAACGGGACAUUUUACAGAAAAAAAACUUAAAAAAACAAAAAAUACACAAGGAAAAAAAACGGA